AUGGCUCCGAACAUAUCAGAAGAAAUUGGAUUGGAAUCGUCGGAGGAGAAUCUAGAGAAAUUGGUAGCUCCACAAGCUGGGCCCAGGAAAUAUGAGCUAAUUUAUUCUGUGACGAUGUCACUGAUUUAUGUGCAUUCCGCUUCAGCGUACGCUUUAUACUUGGGGUGGACGAGAGCGUAUUGGUCAACUAUAUUAUUCACAUACGUUUUAUAUGUCUUGGCACAAAUCGGCGUAUGCGCAGGCGCUCAUAGACUAUGGUCCCACAGAUCAUUCAAAGCAACAACUCCUCUGCAGAUUCUUCUAAUGGUUAUGCAUUCGUUGUCCUACCAGUACACAGCUUAUAACUGGGCAAGGGACCACCGCCUCCAUCACAGGUAUGCAGACACAGAUGCAGACCCUCACAACUCCACUCGUGGGUUCUUCUAUUGUCACGUCGGAUGGCUGAUCGUCAAGAAGCACCCAGAGGUCGCACGACGAGGCAAAUUCGUGGACUUCAGCGAUCUUAACACUAACGCUGUGCUACAGUUUCAAAAGAGAUACGCCAUCCCAUUUAUCGGACUCGUGGGUUUCGUUCUACCAACAAUAAUCCCGGUUUACUUCUGGGGCGAGAGCUUCAACGUCGCCUGGCACUUCUGCUUCCUCCGCUACGCCUGCAACCUUCACGCGACCUUCACAAUCAACAGUCUCGCCCAUCUGUGGGGCUACAAGCCAUACGACAAGAACAUCCAACCGACGCAAAACGAGAUUGUCAGCGUCGUGGCACUGGGCGAGGGCUUCCACAACUACCACCACACGUACCCAUGGGAUUACAGAGCUGCUGAACUGGGGAACAACGUCCUUAAUUGGACGACGCUGUUUAUAGAUUUAUUUGCGAAAAUCGGAUGGGCAUAUGACCUGAAGACGGUGCCGAAGGAAGUGGUGAUGAAGCGGGCGGAGAGAACGGGGGAUGGGACGGAUUUGUGGGGUUCCAAGAGAUUAAGCAAGACUGAGUUGUAG